CUUUAAAAAGUCUGUUUCUAGUUAAGGUUGAUUCUUUGGGAAUGGCUUCCCUCCAGAUGUUGUGGGUGCUCCCAUCACUGGAGUGAGCUGCAACCUCUGUCCCAAUCCCCUGCUUAUUUCAGACAAAUGGCUGUGCAGGCUCUUUGUAAAAGCCACCAAUGAUGGAGCACCUACAACUCCUGAAGGUAAGCUGUUCCACUGGUUAAUUGUUCCCACUGUUAGGAAGUUUCUCCUAACAGGAAGUUCUAGAAUCUAGGUUGCUUCUCUCCUUGAUUAGUUCCAUCCAAUAGUUGCACAUUUAUGAUGAUCCCCAUUUGUGACCUUCCCAGCUAUUUUCUGAUAAGCAAAAUCAGUGGAUAUACUGACAGGAAAUUGCAAGUCACAAUCAUAUGAAAUUGCCUUUAACAACCCACAGUAAUUUGCUUAACUAGAGAGGAACAGAUGUAAGUUGGCACUGUCAUGUGACAUCAUGCUUAAUGAUUGAGCUGCUUCAUGAUGCAAAUAUCCGUUCCAAUUGUGGUAGGUUUAGUGAGGACUCCUUGAGUGGGGAGGUCACCAGAGGGGUUGUAGACAGUGUUUUCCGCUCUUAUUUGCAGCUGAGGAUUUCCAUGAACAAAAGUGGUGCUUCAAAUCUUGCAGAGGUUUUCAGCACUAUUUAAUAAUAAUAAUAAUAACAACAACAACAGAGUUGGAAGGGACCUUGGAGGCCUUCUAGUCCAACCCCCUUCCCCAGGCAGGAAACCCUACACCAUUUCAGACAAAUGGUUAUCCAACAUUUUCUUAAAAAUUUCCAGUGUUGGAGCAUUCACAACUUCUGCAGGCAAGUUAUUCCACUGGUUAAUUGUUCUAACUGUCAGGAAAUUUCUCCUUAGUUCUAAGUUGCUUCUCUCCUUGAUUAGUUUCCACCCAUUGCUUCUUGUCCUGCCUUCAGGUGCUUUGGAGAAUAGUUUGACUCCCUCUUCUUUGUGGCAACCCCUGAGAUAUUGGAACAUUGCUAUCAUGUCUCCCCUAGUCCUUCUUUUCAUUAAACUAGACAUACCGUGUCUCUGCAACCGUUCUUCAUAUGUUUUAGCCUCCAGUCCCCUAAUCAUCUUUGUUGCUCUUCUCUGCAUUCUUUCUAGAGUCUCAGCAUCUUUUUUACAUCGUGGCAACCAAAACUGAAUGCAAUAUUCCAAGUGUGGCCUUACCAAGGCAUUAUAAAGUGGUAUUAACACUUCACGUGAUCUCGAUUCUAUCCCUCUGUUUAUACAGGCCAGAACUGUGUUGGCUUUUUUGGCAGCUGCUGCACACUGCUGGCUCAUAUCUAAAUGGUUGUCCACUAGGACUCCAGGAUCCCUCUCACAGACAAAGAGGAUGGCAAUAAGAGCACUCGGGACAACUGUAAAUAACAAGCACCGUUGAAAAGAGAAGAAAAUUGAGCCAGAAAUCAAAACAUUUUCCAUUUCCUUCAGAAAACCACACAAUUCUCCUCCUCCUCCUCCAACAGCUGUUAGACAAAAGAGAGAAAAUCAAUAAAGAAUAAGCAGAUUAUGCAGAACUGAAGGAUACAUUACAUGAAAAGUGAUUAUUUUUCAUUCAGCAAAAGAGGGAAAUAUCAGGAAGUCAGUGGGGAGGAAACUGUCAAUAGAAAAGCCACAUAGAACUGACAGGAAUGCAGACCUCUCCUUGCGAGGAAGAAAAUGGCUUGAAUGAAAGCACCACUAAACAAAGCAUUGUCCAUAUUUUUGACUUCCUCAAGAAUAUCAGCUGUGGAAAAGCUCCACAGAUUUGCCUAUUUUGGGAAAAGUACAGAUUGCAAAUAACAGCUGAUUAUGCAACAAGGAGCUAGAGAGGAGAAUAGCAAUACACAUGAACUCAAUGUAGCAAAAACUGGUCUCUCUUGUGGUUGUGUCUAGAUUGUGGGGAAAGCUUCAUUAGAAAUUUCCAUCUCAGACAGCAUAGAAUUCACACAAAAAACACCAUUUGUAUGUCCUUUCUGUGGGAAAAGUUUCAGUCAGAAUUCUAGCCUCGUGAUACACAAGGCUAGAAUUCCAAUUUGAUGGUUCAUCAGAGGAAUCUCAAAGGAGAAAAACCCUUUCAAUGUCCUGAUUGUGGGAGAAGUUCCAGUCAUAAUUCCAGCCUGGUAAUACAUCAGAGGAUUCACUCCAUGGAGAAACACUAUGAAUGUCGAGAAUGUGGGAAAGGUUUCAUUAGCAAUUCCCACCUCAUGAGACACCAGAGGACUCACACAGGAGAGAAAGCCUUUUAUUGUCUUAUCUGUGGAAAAGGUUUUACUCAGAAUUCCCACUGCAUGAGUCAUCAGAGGACUCACACAGGAGAGAAACCCUUUGAAUGUCCAGAUUGUGGGAAAAGUUUCAGUCGAAAUUUCCUUCUCAUUAAUCACCAGAGGAUUCACACAGGAGAGAAACCCUUUGAAUGUCUUGACUGUGGAAAACGUUUUAGUCAGAAUUCCCACCUCGUAAGACACCAGAGGACUCAUACAGGAGAGAAACCUUUUGAAUGUCCUAUCUGUGGGAAAUGUUUUAGUGAUAAUUCCAGCCUGGUGAAACAUCAGAGGACUCACACAGGAGAGAAACCCUUUGAAUGUCCUAUCUGUGGGAAACGUUUUAGUGAUAAUUCCAUGCUGGCAAAACAUCAGAGGACUCACACGGAAGGGAAACCUUUCCAAUGUCCUGAUUGUGGGAAAUAUUUCAUUAGUAAUUCCCACCUCAUAAUACACCAGAGGACACACACAGGGGAGAAACCCUUCGAAUGUCCUGUCUGUGGGAAAAGUUUUAGUGAUAAUUCCAGCCUGGUGAAACACCAGAGGACUCAUACAGGAGAGAAACCCUUUGAAUGUCCUGAUUGUGGGAAAGGUUUCAGUGAGAAUUCCAGCCUGGUAGUACACCAGAGGACUCACACUGGAGAGAAACCCUUUGAAUGUACUGAUUGUGGGAAAAGAUUCAGUCAGAAUUCCUCCCUGGUAGCACACCAGAGGACUCACACUGGAGAGAAACCCUUUGAAUGCCCUAUCUGUGGGAAAAGUUUCAGUCACAAUAACAGCCUGAUAAAUCACCAGAGGACUCACACAGGAGAGAAACCCUUUGAAUGUCCUGACUGUGGGAAAGAUUUUAGUAAGAAUUCCCACCUCAUGAGACACCAGAGGACUCACACAGGAGAGAAACCCUUUGAAUGUUCUGACUGUGGGAAAAGUUUCAGUCAGAAUUUCUACCUCGUGACACACCAGAGGACUCACACAGGAGAGAAACCCUUUCAAUGUCCUGACUGUGGGAAAAGUUUCAGUCAGAAUUCCCAUCUCAUGAUACACCAGAGGACUCACACAGGAGAGAAACCCUUUCAAUGUCCUGACUGUGGGAAAAGUUUCAGUCGGAAUUUCCACCUUGUGAGACACCAGAGGACUCACACUGUGGAGAAACCUUUCAAAUGUCCAGUCUGUGGACAUUACUUCAAGCAUAAACCAUCCCUUAUUGCACAUGAGGAAAUCCACAUGAGGCAAAAGAUUCAUUCCACAGAGAAACCCUGUGAGUGUCGAGAUUGCAGGAAAAGUUUCAUUAGAGAUUCCCAAAUCAUGAGACACAAGAGGACUCAUACAGGAGAGAAACCCUUUGAAUGUGCUAUCUGUGGGAAAACUUUCAGACAGAAUGGCCACCUGGUGAUACACCAGAGGACCCACACGGGAGAGAAACCCUUUGAAUGUCCUGACUGUGGGAAACGUUACAGUCAGAAUUCUUACCUGGUGAUACACCAGAGGACCCACACGGGAGAGAAACCCUUUGAAUGUGCUAUCUGUGGGAAAACUUUCAGACAGAAUGCCCACCUGGUGAAACACCAGAGGACCCACACGGGAGAGAAACCCUUUGAAUGUCCUGACUGUGGGAAACGUUACAGUGAGAAUUCUUACCUGGUGAAACACCAGAGGACCCACACGGGAGAGAAACCCUUUGAAUGUGCAAUCUGUGGGAAAAGUUUCAGUCAGAAUUCCUACCUGGUAAUGCACCAAAGGACUCACACCGGAGAGAAACCCUUUGAAUGUUCUGACUGUGGGAAACGUUUCAAUCAGAAUUCCUGCCUGAUAAUGCACCAGAGGACUCACACAGGAGAGAAACCCUUUGAAUGUUCUGUCUGUGGGAAAAGUUUCAUUAAGAAUUCCCACAUGGUGAUUCACCACAGGACUCACACAGGAGAGAAACCCUUUGAAUGUCCUAUCUGUGGGAAAAGUUUUAGUGAUCUUUCCAGCCUCAUGAAACACCAGAGGACUCACACAGGAGAGAAACCCUUUGAAUGUCCUAUCUGUGGGAAAACAUAUCGUUAUAAUUCCAGCCUGGUGAAACACCAAAGGACUCACACAGGAGAGAAACCCUUUGAAUGUCCUAUCUGUGGGAAAAGUUUUAAUGAUAAUUCCCGCCUUAUGAGACACCAGAGUAUUCACACAGGAGAGAAACCCUUUGAAUGUCCUAUUUGUGGGAAAGGUUUUCGUGAUAAUUCCAGCCUGGUGACACACCAGAGGAUUCAUAGUGGAGAGAAACCCUUUGAAUGUCUUAUCUGUGGGAAAACUUAUAGUUAUAAUUCCAGCCUGUUGACACACCAGAGGACUCACACAGGAGAGAAACCCUUUGAAUGUCCUGACUGUGGGAAAAGUUUCAGUCAAAAUUCCCACCUUAUGAGACACCAAACUAUUCACACAAUGGAGAAAUCUUUGAAAUGUCCAGUCUGUGGACGUUACUUCAAGCAUAAAUCAUCCCUUAUUGCACACAAGGAAAUCCACAUGAGGCAAAAGUUGAAGAGUUUAGAGAACUCUUGAAUUUCAUUUGUGAUCUCCCAUGGAAAGUCUAGGUGAGAAAUUGAUUGUUUGAAUUUUUGCCUGAUUCAUUUUACUCAAAACAUUUCUCAGGAUUAAACUUAUAGGUGGAGAGAAAAGGGAAGUGGAAAAUGGCCUGACUCCCAUCCCACCAGACUUCACACCCUCCUCCUCCUUACCUUUUGAAGAUCGCUAAUCCAGUUGCUCUAACAUCUGUAGUCAUGAAAACCUUUGAAAGGCUAGUGCUGUCCCACUUGAAAACCAUCAUGGAUCUGCUGUUAGACCCCUUGCAAUUUGCAUACUGAGCAAAUAGAUCAACAGAUGAUGCUGUUAAUAUGGCUCUGCACUACAUCCUACAACAUCUUAACAUAACAUAACAUAAUAACAGAGUUGGAAGGGACUUGGAGGUCUUCUAGUCCCACCCCCUGCCCAGGCAGGAAACCCUACACCAUUUCAGACAAAUGGCUAUCCAACAUUUUCCUAAAAAUUUCAAGUGUUGGAGCAUUCACAACUUCUGCAGGCAAGUUGUUCUACUUAUUGAUUGUUCUAACUGUCAGGAAAUUUCUCCUUAGUUCUAAGUUGCUUCUCUCCUUGAUUUGUUUCCACCCAUUGCUUCUUGUCCUGCCUUCAGGUGCUUUGGAGAAUAGCGUGACUCUCUCUUCUUUGUGGCAGUCACUGAGAUAUUGGAACACUGCUAUCAUGUCUCCCCUAGUCCUUCUUUUCAUUAAACUAGACAUCCCCAGUUCCUGCAAUCGUUCUUCAUAUGUUUUAGUCUCCAGUCCCCUAAUUAUCUUUGUUGCUCUUCUCUGCACUCUUUCUAGAGUCUCAACAUCUUUUUUACAUCGUGGCGACCAAAACUGGAUGCAAUAUUCCAAGUGUGGCCUUGGAAUACCAAGGCAUUAUAAAGUGGCACUAACACUUCACGUGAUCUUGAUUCUAUCCCUCUGUUUAUGCAGCCCAGAACUGUGUUGGCUUUUUUAGCAGCUGCUACACACUGCUGGCUCAUAUCUAAAUGGUUAUCCACUAGGACUCCAAGAUCCCUCUCACAGGUACUACUAUUGAGGAAGGUACCACAUAUACGAUACCUGUGCAUUUUGGUUUUUUUUGCCUAAAUGUAGAACCUUACUUUUUUCACUGUUGAAUUUCAUUUUGUUGGAUAGUGCCCAAUGUUCAAGUCUGUCAAGAUCUUUCUGUAUCUUGAGCCUAUCUUCUGGAGUGUUGGCUAUUCCUGCCAGCUUGGUGUCAUUUGCAAAUUUGAUGAGUUCCCCAUCUAUCCCCUCGUCCAAGUCAUUGAUGAAGAUGUUGAAGAGUACUGGGCCUAAAACAGAGCCUUGGGGUCCUCCACUGCAUACUUCCCUCCAUGUGGAUGUAGUUCCGUUGAGGACUACACGUUGAGUGCGGUUGGUCAGCCAGUUACGAAUCCAUCUGGUGGUGGUGCUGUCUAACCCACAUUUUUCUACUUUAUCUAAUAGUAGGUUAUGGUCUGCUUUAUCAAAUGCUUUACUGAAGUCCAAGUAAAUUAUAUCGACAGCAUUCCUCUGGUCUACUAAUUUUGUCAUUUUGUCAAAGAAUGCAAUGAGAUUAGUCUGGCAUGAUCUGUUUUUGACAAACCCAUGUUGGCUUUUGGUUAUUACUUUGUUUGCUUCUAGGUGUUCAAUGAUUCGUUGCUUGAUUAUCUUUUCCAGAAUCUUCCCUGGUAUUGAGGUCAGGCUGAUAGGUCUGUAGUUUCCUGGAUCUGUUUUUUUCCCUUUUUUGAAGAUGGGAACUACAUCAGCUCUUUUCCAGUCCUCUGGCAGUUCCCCUGUGCUCCAGGAUCUUUGAAAGAUAUAGUUCAGUGGUUCUGAGAUCUCAUCUGCCAGUUCCUUCAGAACCUUGGGGUGUAAUCCAUCCGGUCCUGGUGAUUUGAACUCAUCUAGGGUAGACAGGUGUUCACUUACCAUUUUCUUCCCUAUUUUAACUUGUGUUCCUAAUCUGUUUUUUGUGGUGCUGUUUUUGAUAGGUUGGAUUGUUUUUUCCUUUUGUGUAAAGACAGAUGCAAAAAAUGAGUUAAGUAGAUCUGCUUUCUCCCUGUUGCUUGUCACCUUCUUGCCACUUUCUCCCAGCAAUGGGCCAAUUGUUUCCUUGACUUUUUUCUUGUUUUUAACAUGUUGGAAGAAGCUUUUUUUGUUAUUUUUUACUUUUGUCACUAGCCUUUGUUCAUUGUGAGCCUUAGCUUUCCUCACUUCAUCUUUACAGGCUCGGGCUAUUUGCUGAUAUUCUGCCUUACUUAUUUACGCCUCUUUCCACUUUUUAUACUUGUCCUUUUUGUCUUUCAAUUUGUCAGAUAGUUCUUUAUGCAUCCAUGCUGGUUUCUUUUGAGAUCUAUUAUUUUUCUUCUUCAAUGGUAUUGUGCUAGACUGCGCUUUUAUAAUCUCACUUUUCAAAAUUUCCCAAGCUUCUUAAGUUGUUUUCCACUUGAAGAUUCUCAUCCAUGGAAUCUUUCUCAAGCUGUCUCUAAAUUUAUUGAAAUUAGCUCUCUUAAAGUCCAAGACUCUAGUUUGACUUGGUUCUACUACUUGUGUUUGCAUAAUGUUGAAUUCCAGUAUGGCGUGAUCACUUGCCCCCAAGAUUCCUGUAGCUUGAACACCUUCUAUCAUUUCAUCUCUGUUAGUGAGAAUUAAGUCCAAUAUGGCUGAUCCCCUUGUUCCCUUCUCUGCUUUUUGGGAAACGAAGUUGUCUGCUAGGUUUGUUAGAAACCUGUUGGAUCUUCCACUUGGUGCAGAGUUUGUCUCCCAGUUGAUGUCAGGGUAGUUAAAAUCCCCCAUUACUACUGUGAUGUGCUUCCUACAUACCUUAGUUAGCUGACUAGCAAAAAGUUCAUCUACUUCCUCUGUUUUGUUGGGUGGCCUAUAGUCUAUGCCUAUGGCAAUAUCAUUUCCCACCCCCCCACCUUUAAUAUUGACCCAAAUGCAUGCAAGAUAAUUUUCAUCAUUGUUGAAUCUCCAAAGACCUAUUCUUGAAUCUCCAAAGACCUAUGCAAGGGUCCUCUUUAUAGACUUUAGUUCAGCAUUUAAUAUCAUCAUUCCAGACAUUCUUCUAACUAAGCUAAACCAGCUACAGGUACCGGAACAGACUUGUAAGUGGAUCACAAGCUUCCUAACAAACAGGAAGCAGCAGGUGAAGCUAAGCAGAAUCAUAUCAGAUACCUGUACAAUUAGCCCAGGGGCCCCCCAAGGCUGUGUGCUCUCCCCACUUCUCUUCUCUCUUUAUACAAAUGACUGCAUCUCUAAUGAUCCAUCUUUUAAACUACUGAAGUUCACAGAUGACACAACAGUGAUUGGCCUCAUUCGAGACAAUGAUGAAUCCACAUACAGACGGGAGGUUGAACGACUAGUCAAUCUCAAACAAUCUGGAACUGAACACACACAAAACCGUAGAAAUGGUGGUAGACUUUAGGAUAAACUCUUCCAUACUUCCACCUCUCACAAUACUUGACAACACAGUAUCAACAGUAAAAAGCUUCAAAUUUCUAGAUUCUACCAUAUCGCAAGAUCGAAAAUGGACAGCUAACAUCAAAAACAUCAUCAAAAAAGCACAACAAAGAAUUUCCUUUCUGCGCCAACUAAGAAAGCUCAAACUGCCCAAGGAGCUGCUGAUCCAGUUCUACAGAGGAAUUGUUAAGUCUGUCAUCUGCAUCUCUAUAACUGUCUGGUCUGGUUCUGCAACCCAACAAGACAGACACAGAUUUCAGAGGAUAAUUAGAACUGCAGAAAAAAACAAUUGCUACCAACCUGCCUUCCAUAUACUGCAUAUCCUGUAUACCAACCUGCCUUCCAUAUACUGCCUUCCUGUAUACUGCAUGAAUCAAAAAGAGGGCUGUGAAAAUAUUUACAGACCACUCACAUUCUGGACAUAAACGGUUUCAACUCCUACCCUCAAAACGAUGCUAUAGAGCACUGCACACCAGAACAACUAGACACAAGAACAGUUUUUUCCCGAAUACCAUCACACUGCUAAACAAAUAAUUCCCUCAACACUGUCAAAGUAUUUACUAAAUCUGUACUACUAUUAAUCUUCUCAUUGUUCCCAUCACCCAUCUCCUUCCACUUAAUGAUUGUAAUUUUGUUGCUUGUAUCCUUACGAUUUAUACUGAUAUUGUUUCCUGAUUGCUUAUUUGUAGCCUAUGACUACCAUUAAAUGUUGUAUCUUUAAGUAUUAAAUUUGUUCCCUAUG